AUGCCCAUGACUUGGACCCCCGAGGCAAACGCCAAGCUCUUCCUCGGCGUCCUCGAACAACUGCGCGAAACCAAUGUCAAGCUAAGCUACAAGCGACUGGCCGAAUACAUGGGCGCCGACUGCACGCCCAAGUCCAUCGACAACCAGAUGCAGAAGCUCAGGAAGCAGGCCGGGGCCGGCGCUGCCGCUGCAACCGCGACCGCGACCGCGACUGCUGCGGCUGCGGCUGCCCCUGGCGCCGACAGCGAGCUCUCUGCCCCCGCGACCCCGAGCACGAGCGCCAAACGCACCGCUACACCCACUGAAACCCCACACUCAAAGAAACGCCGCGCCAAACCCACAGGUGCUAAUUUGGGGGUUUCUAAGAGACUCAAGGAGAUGUACCCUUCGGAAAGUGAUACGGGGUAUAGCGAGUAG